AAUGCCGAAGAAAUAAGCGAAGGACCAGAACUAACUGCAAGCAAUGAAUCUGUUGCAGAAGAUUCAAAUGAUAAGUCUAAAGCAACAGACAAGAAUGAGAAUGUGAGAAUAAAAAUAAAGAUACAAAUGCAAGAGAAAAGAUGGACAGCAAAAACAGUAGUGGAACUGAAAUUACCAUUCCUGAGCAAUCAGGAAUGGUAUUUGGUUCUGGAAGAUCAUUUGGCAUGAAUGAGAUGGGAGGAAACUAUGAAGUGAAAACACCAUAUAGAAUUAACCUGUUUACAUUAAGCAACAAACCAAGCACAGGUGACGGUUUGGAUGACAAACAAGUCAGAGAAGAUGAUAAUGUAAACAAUAAUGAGGCAUUGUCACCUCCAGAUAAUGACAUGGCUGCUGAAGAUAUGUUAAUUUACUCAAAUGACUUUACAGAGAGUAAUGGACAAACAGAUAAGGAAGGAACUGACGUUGAUAAACCUGCAGGGAUGGAAACAAGAAGUAAAGCAAAGGCAAAAGUUGCUGAAGAGAAUAAAGCAAAUAAGCAGCAGUCCAAGAAGCCAUCAAAAACAGAGGAUAAACAACUUAAAGCUGCUGAACGGAAAUUUAAUGAGAAGUGUAUAAAAAUUCAGUUUCAUGUUUUGACAAGUGAAGAGUUCAGGUUUGAACCUUCAAAAGACAAAUGUAUAUUGGUAAUGGGCAACAAGGAAAUGGGAGGCUGGAAAAAAAAGGAUCGCUUAAUGAAAGAAAAAAGGAAAAUUGAGGGAUUUAUCUAUGAGAUGGUCUAUGAAGAAAUGAUUCCAACACGCCUUGUAGCAGGAGGCUCUUCAAUACCGUACAAAUACGUAAUAAUCAAACAAGAUAAACCAGAGAAGGAAUACUGGGAUCAUUAUAUGAAAAAUUACAAAACAGGAGAAGGCUAUGACAGGGAUCUUACAGUGUCUUUGAAGUUGAAAAGCAUAGAUGUCUGGCACCAGUUUGACUGUUUUAUGGAGCAUGAACCACGGUCACUCAAGGACAAAUUCUUUGAUUACUUUCUUUGGAAGAAAGACCUUAUCAAGCACGCAGAGAAAGCAGCACAUGCAUUCUGUCCUGACCUGACAGAAAAUGAAAAAAGCCAACUUUCAAUUGACGAUAUUGUUCUUCAACUUAAGAUGCUAUCAGAGAGCAUGAAGAAAAUAUAUUAUUUAGAUGGAAAGUGCUGGAGUGACAUGAAAGAAUUUCUAAAAAAUAUGGGAAGCUAUAUUACAGCAGCUUUUAUGAAACAAUGUAACCUCGAAGAGCUACAAACCUCAGAUAUAAGAGAGAAAAGGGAGCGAGCCACAGUGUCUGCCUUGUAUUUCUUGUAUGUUAUAAAAACUUUGGACCUGGGUAUGCCUGACAAAAAAGGUGUGCGUACUCUUUCAAAGGCACUGUUAGUUUCAGUGGAUACAGAGAAAAAAGAAUGCCCAGAUCUUCAGUUAGUUGAUAGACAUUUCACUGGCAAAAGAGAGGCAUUAUUGGAAGCAAUGACAUCAUUUGUGAGGAAAAUUGCUGGGGCGUCAAAAGAUCCGUGCUGGCUGUCUGUGAUGCCAUGGGUUCAUUUCUUGUCUGGACAGUGUGUGCCAUUUGAAAUUCCUCCUGUAGAUGUAAAACAUGACGAGUACAAACCAGUGUGGUGGGGUGUGGCAGAAAUAGAGAGGGAUUUAGAUUAUUUCAAAGGGAAAUCAGAGAAAUGGUCAAUGUAAGAUAAUUAUUUUAUUACUCAAAAUAAAACCAACUAUCUCGUACAGUACUCUUUUUAUUAACAUCAAUAUAUACUGAUACUUAUAAUAAAAGUUUAACAUUCAUAUAUAAUCAUGUAAUCAACUUGGAUUAAAGUCUGUUAAUAAUAAUGGAAGUUGAUCGGCCGCUCGUGACUCAACAAGGGUCUCACCGUGUAGAGUCUAAGUGCGAUAAAAUUUCCAUCGACCGAGAGGAGAACAGACGCACCAACCCAAGGCUUGCAAACAUCACUAACUGUAACCACGCAACCACACAAUCCAUCGAAUCUCGAAUUGUGAAUCCAACCCAGCCCGGGUCUCACCGGAAUGUGGGUCAAAUGCACAACCCGAGCCAAUGUAGAGCGAGGCAAUGCAAUACAACAGCACGCAUGGUAAGACAACGCAAGACACUUUGUACACUUUGUACUUUUGCAACGGGUGUCACUCAAACGCAAAUAUGCAACAAUGUCCAUUGAACCUCGAGCCACAUAUUCCACUCAUUUGGGGUAUCACCGUAUAAUGAGCGAAAUCGCAACACGAGUCAAUGUAAGGCAAGGCAAGGCAAGGCAAAUUGCCACCCCUGAAAGCCAGGCCAAACAACGCAGCACACGCAAUACUAGGUAGGAAUCGCCAAGUACUAGGGCAAAACCUUUUACUAACCAGUUAACACAAACUGGUAAACAUGUGACACCCAAGAUACAUAACUUGAACGCAAACACACAGACACCGCAUCCGUUCACCCCACGGCCGACAGAA